AUGUCCGAGUAUCGGGCAUGUAUGAUUAUUGGGGCUGUUCAAGUUGACAGAGACCGUGACCAGAGAAAAGGACUGACUGUCGCCGCUCAAUCAGUGACACGCCAGGGAACUAUUGUCUACGAGAAAGAGCGCAAGUUCGUAGUCCUCAGAGUAUUUACCACACAUGUCGUUGUAUUGCCGAUCUACACAUUCGUAGGUCAGGGUUUAGAAACCCGACAAGCAGAGAAGAACGACUAACUUACGUCUCCAUCCGAGAGGUGGAUGGUGGAGAAAAUGCUCUGCCGGCGGAAAGUGACCACCUCAUCGUAUGGAGCGAGGCGACCCUCGAAUGGUUAAAUUGUGGCCGCGCUUGGGGUAGAAUGAGCAAUAACGCAGUUGUUCAUUUUACUUGUCCGCUACGACAUAUGUUCACGAAUCCAAGUCAAAUAUUGGGGGAAGUAACAGAAGGAUCAUUUAUUAGCCUUCGAAAACUCUAUCUUGGUGCUUUCAGCGAUCCUACAGAUUUUGCAGAUGAUAAAGAGCCAACCGACCGCGGGGGCAGAACCAAAAGUAGAGCAGACUGCAACUUCAGGGUCAGCACCAGCACCAUUGCCAUCCCGCCCUUCCCCAUGGAGUGUGGUAGCAGCGACUCCACGCAAUCUUCCGUCAACAAGCACUGUCGGUCCCACUAG